GUAAUGCUUUGUUGUUUUAUCAGGUGAUGAAGGUAAACUAGCAAUUCUGUGUUAGAAAAAUUUUCUGCAAUGCUAGCUACCUUCAUCACCUGAUAAAACAACAAAGAAAUAUCAUUUCAUUACUUCAACCUUGAACCGUGACGACACUCCAUAUUUCGGACAGAUGGUAGUAAAAAACUAGUUUGCAAAAAACAUGUCUUCAUUAGUCUAUGAUGAAAAUGUCAAUUUCAAAAGAAAUAUAAGACAAAAGAUUCAGUGAAUAGAGAAAAAUUAAUACUUCUUAGAUUCUUCUCAGGGCAAACAAAUUAGGACUUGAACAGACCGCUACACUGUAGGAAGACUGCAGUAAUGUUAGUGAGGUGCUGAACUCAUACCAACAGGAUAGACCAGGCUGUCCUGAAACGUGGACCUGGAUAUUGAGAAGAGGUGUUGUCUUGUCACUAGUUUUAGUUCCUGUUUGAAGUGUACAACUUGCACAAGGACGUAGAGACCAAAUUCCUGGAUACAAAGGAUACCUCUGUAAUGUACUAACCUUUGGUUUACAAGUUGCCCAAGUCAAACUCCUCUUGGUUAUGAUGAGAUGAGAGAAAUUUUUGUUGUUGACCAACACACUUUCUUCGAUCACGCAAGUUCCAACAAAACAGAAAUAAAAUUAUGGCAAAAAUUAAGACUCAAAAUGAGGAUUAGAGGAGUCAUAAGUGUUACCAUAAAAACCAGUAUGAAACUUCUGCUUUGCCCCCAAUCUAGUUGAUGGUUGAAUUAAACCUGUGACUAGGUGCUGGAAAUGCUGAUCAGGUGAAAAACACACUCUCAGAUGACAAAUAUACAGGGGCAAGAUUUUACUGAAGGUACGAUUAUUUUUUUUACAGUGAUCAUAAGUGUGUUUGAUGAGUUUCGUGUUUUUGUUUCAUAUUUUUAGCUCACCUGAGAUAUCUUCAAUUAUUUGAGUUUAUGUUAAUUUGGCACUCCAUACUUAAAUGCCUUUAGCUAAUGUACUGUGUUAAGAAGACAUUUGAAGAAUUAUCUAAGUAUACCAGGUAUAUCAGUCAAUUUAUUUUUGCAUUUGCAGCAUACCUCUUUUAAAAAUUUGUGACAAUGUGAUUUCUCCAUUAUUUUUACAGAAUCUUACUUACAAAUAGCAAAUUGAUAUAUAUAUCUAACAAACCUUUAUCAUUCACAUAUCUUAGACUUUGAAUUUCCAGUUCGCUAUUUAGGAAGUCUCUAUCUUGUAUAUAGUUCAAAAGUUAUGAACAAAGUAAAAGUUUCAGGCAGACAAAAGAUACAAAAAGAUAGAGAGACGGAUCAAAAACUAAAAUGUCCUUGAUGUGUAAUAUUGCAUGGGGUAAAAGAUAAGUUCAUGCAUGACAUAUAUGAUACAUGGGUCCUAUGUUGUAAACUAAGACUAAUUGUGUACCACUGUACAAAAUAUCUUAAAAGAUUUGUGAAACUGAAAAUACUGACUUAGAAAGUUUUAACUUUUUUAUUGACAUAGAAAUUGAUUCAAGGGCCACUUGCACAUUUGACUAAGGUAUGUAAUUAUCAGAAUGGUCAAUAUCCCUUGUCAGAUAAAUGAAGUUGAAGCUAAUAUUUUAAGUUCACAAGUUGGAUAAGGGAACAAUUAAAACAUUCACAUGUAAACUGAAAAACAAAUAUAUAUAUCAAUACUAGGUUUGUUUAUCUUGAUAUUUUCAACAGAAGCUGUUUGCUUUUAUCCUUCAAAGGAAAACUAAUGCAGAAUGAAAUGGGCAAACAGUCUAAAACUUUUGGUAUUUGUCACCUAAAUUAAAACUCUUUUUAUUGGUAAUUGGCUAUCAGUAUCUUUCAGAGUCCUGCCUAAUUGUGCCAAGUGUGUCCUGUUUGUGAAAGUCUUUUAAAUGUUUUAUAUUGAAUGUGAAAUUUUCAGCAGACAUCAGUAACGGCCAAUUAAACAAUGUGACAAUUUAUUUGACAUGGUUGUAGAAUAAGAUAUUUUUGUGUAAGAAGCUGAAUAACGACCUUGGUGGCUUUUCAGGAACUUCUUUAGAGAGAACAUUGGAGCUUUUAAGAUUUUAUUGGAUGAAUGUAUACUGCUGCCAUUAGUCACUGAAUUAUUAAUACAUCUGGUUGAGUGAUUGGAAAUGAUUUCAUCAUGGUGCGCUCUUGCACCUGUGUUGUGCACCUUCAUUCGGAUUCGUAUUUGAUUUAAUUGGAUCUUUUUGCAUAUAUGGUUAAAUUGAAAAACUAUGUCAAAGUAAGUAUUUCGAUUGUGUAAUCUUCAAAGCCCUUUCUUUAUUACUGUGAUUUGGCCAAUAAAGUUGGAAUUAGACGUGCUAUUUUUAUUUAAGGUAUUGAUACCAUUGUAGAAUGUAACCGCAUAUAUUGAUACAAUUUGUGACAAAAAGACGGUAAGAUUGAUUUUUUAAUCCUUACAGGUAUGAGGCAGCUUCCGAUGAUAAUGAUAACACACAGGAUAAAGAUGAAGUGUCCAGUUCAAAUAUGUCUACAAGUCUUGCAGCAUCUGAGGUUAGAAAGAAGAAUGUUCCAAGGAGAAUGUUUGGAAAGAAGGCUCGUAAAAAUAAAGCUAUUCAAUCAUGGAGAAGAGCUGCCCAGCUUAUUAUCCCAGUGGCCCAUACCAUCGGAGCUCUAAAACAAGCAAGUGAAAGAAAAAGGAGAAAAAGCUUCAACAACCCAGAGAAUAUUGAAAAUUUUAGUGACAAGGACAAAACCCAGAGGCUGGAAGAGCAAAUCAAACUCCACCACCUUCACCUGUUAAUGAAAGCCUUCCAAGAACACAGACCAGAGGAUAUUGUCAAACAAGCUGGAUCAGCCUACUUCCCUGCCAAGGUUGAGAAGAGGACCCCAGGAGCAAUGAACUUGGAGGAAUUCAAGGCCACUGUGGCUCAGGUGCUGAGAACUCAGGAAUAUGAAGAGUAUUUGGAAAAACUCUUUACAAAGCUCGACACCUCCCUAGAUGGGUAUGUGGACUGGAAUGAGUUCUGCACUUACAUGCUUCUGUUGUACAGAGAAAAUGACUACAUGAGAACCAAGAGGGAAAUCCCCUUUCUUGUGGAACCCAAACUCCGGCACAUAGUACACAACAGGCAAGAGCAAACCACAAAGAUAGUGGCCUCUACAGGGACAGUUCGAUACAUCACAAUCAGCAAAGAAGGAAUAGUGAAUGUAUGGCAGCCUAGUCUUAACUAUGUGGAGAAAUAUUAUUCCAUAACAAAUGAUGAGAGUGACACCUCCGGUCAAAAGAGGAGGUUUAAGACCUGGGUUACAGAUGCCAUAUUCUUGCCAAACUGUAAUAAACUGGUGAUUGGCUCCACGAGUCGUGAUAUUAGAUUCUAUGACUGCUCCACAAAUCAACAUUUUGAGGAGUUCCAACUCUUUGCCAUGUCAGAUGUUCCUUACUGUUUCGACUACUGGUAUGAUGUGAAGAACCCAGGUAAUCCCUCCAAGCUGAUAUUUGGAGUUGACACUGGCUACAUUCACACCAUCACAUUUAAGAAGCCAGUCUCUCAGCUGUUUGAGACACCUUUCAAGAAUGAUGAAGGGGUCCAGAAAAUUUUCUGGAGUGAAAUAGAGAAGGGGCAACAGUCACAGUUUGUGGCUCACGAGAAAAUUUCCCACGGAGAUCCUUCUCUACAGGUCCUGCCCGAUAUCGUAAAGCAAGUCAUGUAUCUACCAGAUAAUGAUUACAUCAUCUCCUCCACUAGCAGUGCACUGCAGUCCUUAGUUAUCUCCCCUGCUGAUCGAAAGGACUUCAAGAGGUCCUAUGUCUUCAAUAUUGACAAGGGGAUAGAGUCUUUUGAUCACAACAAGAAUUUAAACAUCUUAGUGACAGGCAGUCUUGAUCACGUGGUACGGAUAUGGAAUCCGUAUGUUACAGCUAAACCAAUGGCAGUGCUCCAAGGUCAUGCCACAGGGGUCAUUGGGGUCAAAAUUCAUGAGGGAUUGGUUCAAGUUUUCAGCUAUUCCAAAGAUGCUGUUAUCAAAGUUUGGGAUAUCAAGGAACACUCUUGCCUACAAACAGUGGUGCUGAAAUUUCCAAGCAGUAUUCAUGGAAGAAUGCCAGAACAUGGAACAUUCCCAAUACACAUGCAGCCUGCCCCCCAUAAUGCUGUUCUGGUUACCUGUAAUGACUACCUGGGGAUGCUUAAGUUAGGGCACACCUCACAGCCAAAGAACCUGGAUGCUGUCACCCAUGAUUCUCAGCUUUGUGGAGCCAUCUACAACAAAACUUUCAAACAGGUUGUGACCGGGUGUGACUCCUCCAAUAUAGCAGUUUGGGAGCUGGAGAGUGGAAAUAAAGCCAUUGUCUUCUCCAACGCUCAUGGGGAUGAAGAAAUCACAUGCAUGGCUUUUGAUGACAGUUACCGUAGACUUCUCACUGGGGCCAGAAAUGGAACCAUUAAGGUGUGGAAUUUCCAGAACGGCCACAAUCUUCAUAAACUAGAGUCUGUGUCUGAGGCUGAAGUCACUGGAAUCUUCCCCUCUGUUGACAGGAAGAUCAUCAUUGCUGUUGGAUGGAGCAGGAAGAUUGCCCAGUAUGACGACUCUGACCCUGAUAACAUGUAUAUUCCUGCUAAUUUGCGGUGGAAAGGUGGACAGAUUCAUCAAGACGACAUUCUGUCCAUGGAUUUCUCUCCUCCUAACUACCUUGCCACGGGGGGAUAUGAUGGGGAGAUUGCUGUAUGGGAUACCGAAACAGAAAAAAUGUUCAUAAGGCUACGCAAAGGACAGCAGGCUGACAUACUGAAGAAGAUUGAGGCCAUGAAGGAGAUGAGUAUUUUGAGUAAAAACAGCAUAGCCACAGCCACUGAAUCACAGAUGAGUGCAGAUGAUCACCCGCUGUCCCCCACUAAGAUACCCCGCCCAAACUCCAGGCACAGAAAGUCUCACAGAGUUCCCAGGGGACAGCCUUCUCCAGUUGAUAAGCUGUUGUUCUUACCCUCGCGCAUUACCUCUAAAACCUCUGAUGCCGCCAUGCUGAUUUCUAGUGAGGCAGGCUACCUUCAUUGGUGGGCAUUGUUUGGUGCUAAACAUGAAGUUGGAUAUUUUUAUGCCCCGGACACACCAGAUGAGUCUGUGCUAGGGCUGUGUGCUGAUCCAUCCAAUGAUGCUCUGUAUACAGGGGACACGACUGGUGCCAUCAAAGUCUGGAAUAUUAGUGGUUACUGCAGACAUGCAGAGGAUAAGAGAAUAAAGACCAGUCCUGAAUUAAUUGGAAGUUGGAGGGCGCACGACUCGAGUAUUGUGAGUCUGGAGUAUAUAGAACAUGAAGAUGGAAACUACAUAGUGAGUGCCUCCACAGAUCACACUGCCAGACUCUGGUCAACGGAGGGUCAUUAUGUGGGGACAUUUGGUCAGAAAAAAUCAUGGAACCUGAAAAAUAAAUCAACCUGGAUUCAUCCAAAGACUCCUUGGUCUACAAAAUCUGUUAGUUCUUCAGAUAGCAAAAAGAACAGAAAGCACAGUAAGACAGACUCCAUCUCCAGUGUGAAGACUCUGACUAACAGUGAAGUGGAGAAGGAGGACCAGGCAGCUCCGGUCAGUAAUGGAAUCUCCAGGGAAAAUACGGAACAGGGAGAGAUGGAGCGACCUAGCAGGGAGAGGGCAAGGAGACUACAGGAUGGGGAGGUAGAUGGUGAAAGGGAGGAUACUGUAGACUCCGAUUUCAGCCUAGGUAUUCGGUCUCAAGCGUUUGCUGCGGGCCCUCCCAAGAUGGAGAGAUCACAGACAUUCCUUGGCACCAGGGUUGCUCAACAACUUCAAACCAUAAAGGAAUCCAGGAUUGAUCGCAGAAACAGACUCAGCAAGGAUGUCAACUUCAAAGAUAUCCACAAGUUUGGAAAGAUUUGUUCUCCAUACCGAGCAUUAAAUACAAAGGAUGUUGAAGAAAUCAAAAUUCCCACCAUUCUACCAAUGAGCCAGAGAAUGUUAAACAAGGGAUACAACCCAGAAAACAUGAAUACAGACACCUUAAAGAGCAUGGACCUCUCUUACGGCAGCCCUGACACGCCCCCUACAGGUGAACAGACAGGGGAGAGAAGCAAGGACAAAAUACCAAUCAAGUCCCAGACAGCUGCUGGUCACCGUAAACCUGUGAGACUUGCUCCACUGAAAAAGACUAACACAGUCAUGUGAAGAGUGCUCGGGGACAAAUCCAUAUCCUCGUCAUACACAUGCUUCAGUGAAAAUUAUGCGUAUACUUGUUGCCACAAACUUGAAAUAAAUGAAUGCAUCAGCCAACGGGGAUGAUAUUUUCACAUCAGCCAGUAAAUAUUGAGUGCAUGAUGCAAAUGUUUACAUGGCUUCUGUGUGACUGUUAUUGGUGUGUUGGUUAAUUUUGUGCUAGUCACUGCCAGAUGAUGAAUCAUAUUUGUCCAAUUAUUUGUACAAAAAGGAAUAUUUCUAAAAUGAAUAUUGAUUUCACUCAGUCUAUAUUCUUUGUGGCUGUGAUAGAUCUCAAACAGUUACACUAUUGUUUAUUAUCAGAGCACAUACUCACAUUUUUGUGUACAUACAUGUAUUAUACUACUGAUGCCUGAUGUGAUUGAACUAGCACUGUGAUAUGACCAAAACUUAAAACAUAUUGAUACGCCCACUGUCUUUCAUGUAGUUCUAUGUAAUUUCAGCUUUACAAACUUAUUUUUAAAUCAGAUUUUGUACUAGUUUUAUUUUCUUCCACAAUUUUAAUUUUUGUUACAAGAUUUUGUUACAAGUAUUGCAGUAUAUAUAUAUAUAUAUUUAUCCUGGAUUUUGGAAGAAAAUUAAAAGUUUGUAAAAUCGG